AGAGUGGGCGGGGCCUCAGUGGCGAACGGCAGACCGAUUGGCAGAGGAGGAGGAGCGAGAGGGCAAGCUGGCGAGUAGGAGCGAGGCGGGGUGGGCCGGGACAGCGCGGAAGUCUCGCGAGGCGAGCUCGAGCGCAGUGUGGCGGCGGCGGCGGCGGCGGCGACGGCCUGAUCUGGGCUCAGGGUGAGGAGUUGGUAUUUGUGUGGAAGGAGGCGGAGGUGCAGGAGGAAGGGGGAAGCGGAGCGCCGGCCCGGAGGGCGGGAGGAGGCGCGGCCAGAGGAGGAGGCCGAGGCGCGGUGAGGUGGGGCGCCGGGGUGAGCAGCGGCCGAGCGAGCGCGGGGCGCACCGAGGCGAGGAGGCGGGGAAGCCCGCCGCCGCCGCCGCCGCGCCCGCCCCUUCCCCCUGCCGCCCGCCCCCUCUCCCCCCCGCCCGCCCGCUGCCUUCCUCCCUCUGCCUUCCUUCCCCACGGCCGGCCGCCUUCUCGCCCGCAGCCUCGGAGCCGAGGCCGCCGCGGCCGUGGCGGAGGAGCCCUCAGCCAUGGCCUCGGGCGACACCCUCUACAUCGCCGCGGACGGCUCGGAGAUGCCGGCGGAGAUCGUGGAGCUGCACGAGAUCGAGGUGGAGACCAUCCCGGUGGAGACCAUAGAGACUACCGUGGUGGGCGAGGAGGAGGACGACGACGACGAUGAGGACGGCGGCGGCGGCGACCACGGCGGCGGGGGCGGCCACGGGCACCUGGGCCAUCACCACCACCACCACCACCACCACCCGCCCAUGAUCGCGCUGCAGCCGCUGGUCACCGACGACCCGACCCAGGUGCACCACCACCAGGAGGUGAUCCUGGUGCAGACGCGCGAGGAGGUGGUGGGCGGCGACGACUCGGACGGGCUGCGCGCCGAGGACGGCUUCGAGGACCAGAUCCUCAUCCCCGUGCCCGCGCCGGCCGGCGGCGACGACGACUACAUCGAGCAGACGCUGGUCACCGUGGCGGCGGCCGGCAAGAGCGGCGGCGGCUCGUCGUCGGGCGGCGGCCGCGUCAAGAAGGGCGGCGGCAAGAAGAGCGGCAAGAAGGGCUACCUCGGCGGCGGGGCCGGGACGGCGGGCGGCGCGGACGCGGGCAACAAGAAGUGGGAGCAGAAGCAGGUGCAGAUCAAGACCCUGGAGGGCGAGUUCUCGGUCACCAUGUGGUCUUCAGAUGAAAAAAAAGAUAUUGACCAUGAGACGGUGGUUGAAGAACAGAUCAUUGGGGAGAACUCACCUCCUGAUUAUUCAGAGUACAUGACAGGAAAGAAACUUCCUCCUGGAGGGAUACCUGGCAUUGACCUCUCAGAUCCCAAACAACUGGCAGAAUUUGCUAGAAUGAAGCCAAGAAAAAUUAAAGAAGAUGAUGCUCCAAGAACAAUAGCUUGCCCUCAUAAAGGCUGCACAAAGAUGUUCAGGGAUAACUCUGCCAUGAGAAAGCAUCUGCACACUCACGGCCCCCGAGUCCACGUCUGUGCAGAGUGUGGCAAAGCUUUCGUUGAGAGCUCAAAACUAAAACGGCACCAACUGGUUCAUACUGGAGAGAAGCCCUUUCAGUGCACGUUCGAAGGCUGCGGGAAACGCUUUUCACUGGACUUCAAUUUGCGCACACAUGUGCGAAUCCACACCGGAGACAGGCCCUAUGUGUGCCCCUUCGAUGGUUGUAAUAAGAAGUUUGCUCAGUCGACUAAUCUGAAAUCUCACAUCUUAACACAUGCAAAGGCCAAAAACAACCAGUGAGAAGACGAGAGAGAAGAGCUUCUGGACCUCGGAAAGCAUCUUCCAGGAGUGUGUUUGGGAAUAACGAUGCCUCUCCUUUGUAUAUUGUUUCUAGGAAAGAAUUUUAAAAAUGAAUCCUACACACUUAAGGGACAUGUUUUGAUAAAGUAGUAAAAAUUAAAAAAAAAACUUUAAUAAGAUGACAUUGCUAAGAUAUGACUAUCUAGCUCUGUAAUCUCAUUUCAAAAACACGGUGUUUUGUAAAGUGUGGUCCCAACAUGAGGACAAGUCAUGAACUUCUCAUCAAAAGACAAUUCUUUAUACAACAGUGCUAAAAAUGGGACUUCUUUUCACAUUCUUAUAAAUAUGAAGCUCACCUGUUGCUUACAAUUUUUUUAAUUUUGUAUUUUCCAAGUGUGCAUAUUGUACACUUUUUGGGGAUAUGCUUAGUAAUGCUAUGUGUGAUUUUUCUGGAGGUUGAUAACUUUGCUUGCAGUAGAUUUUCUUUAAAAGAAUGGGCAGUUACAUGCAUACUUCAAAAGUAUUUUCCUGUAAAAAAAGUUAUAUAGGUUUUGUUUGCUAUCUUAAUUUUGGUUGUAUUCUUUGAUGUUAACACAUUUUGUAUAAUUGUAUCGUAUAGCUGUAUUGAAUCAUGUAGUAUCAAAUAUUAGAUGUGAUUUAAUAGUGUUAAUCAAUUUAAAUCCAUUUUAGUCACAUUUUUUUUUCCUGAAAAAUACUGCCAGAUGCUGAUGUUCAGUGUAAUCUCUUUGCCUGUUCAGUUACAGAAAGUGGUGCUCAGUUGUAGAAUGUAUUGUACCUUUUAACACCUGGUGUGUACAUCCAUGUAACAGAAAGGGCAACAAUAAAAUAGCAAUCCUACAGAAAGAAUAUGGCAGAAAAGAUCUGUAAGCACAGUCUUAUUUCCUUUUGUUGUCCAGAAUAAUUAUAAUUCUUGAGCCUCCCAGAAAUUGGAAGCUAAAUAAAGCAACUCGAGUUUCCUUUAUUUUGCACUCAGUUACAGUGACUUAUGAUUAAAGUGAUGCAUGGGUAUCUCAAUACUUUCCCGCAGGGACUGAGUUCUGAGAGAGUAGUAACAGGCAUCCCGAGUUAAGGAACUACCUCAGAGGACUCCCAACCAGGCCCUUUGGCGAUUGGGUUUUGAUUUUUGCUUCCCCAGCAAAGAUGUGACUGACAGUUGCACCCUGGCCUGUGUUUUCAAGGUAAGGUGUUACCUGGCAGGGACAAGCAGGGUCCAGUGCUCAGGCCGCCCUCUGGGCGGCUCCAGCAGGUCCUCGCCCAGCCAGAGGCAGGCCCUGGUGGUGCUGUGUGGUUGAGAGACUUGGGUCCUUUGGCAGUGGAGUCCUCAGUGUUAGCAUAUGUAGCAGUUGAGCGCCAGCAGCUUAAUCUCACGCUUCUAAAUGGACACUGAGUACUGAUUGGCAAGGUGAUUCAGUUAAGAGAAUUGUACUCAAUGAGUACUUUGCCUCUCACGUUGUGACCUCUUAAAUGUACGGUUAUGAUUUUUUGAAUUUUACUUCGAGUCAAAUAUCAAACCCAUGAGACUAUUUUAUAAACUGCCACAAUACAGCAAAACCCCAUUUAUCCAGAAUGCAAACAUCCGUGUGUCUUUGUACUGUGUGCUCGACAAACUAGCUGAACCAGAUUUAUUCAACUGACGUCCAGAACACGUCAGGUCACAGGUUGCCCUGUCUCCAGCUCCUCCGGUCCUGUGCAGGAUCGGGGGCCCGGGAGCAGUGACACUGUGGCUCUCCGGAAUUUCGAAGUGCCUUCUGAUUCAUAAAUGAAAAAUUUAACUUGAGACAAUUUUUUUAUUCGUUCAGAAUCUGUUUUCCAUUGAGUGAGUAGCUUGCUGGAACUGAGUUAAUCCGAAGAGCCCAGCUGUCCCCUCGAUAAGCCAGGAGCGUCUGUACUGGCAGCCGGGGGCGAGGUAAGCCAUGAUGGAGCUCCCCUUUGAAGCCGAGUGCCCGGAGUGUGAGCACCCGUUCCUUCCCUCCCUGCCAGCAGGCGAGCAGGCCUGGGGGCAUAUCCAUUAGUUCUGGAGCUGCAUCGCCCUCGCCAAGCAUUGUACCACCAUGGGGCCUGGUCCUGGCACUGCCCUUGGAAUCCUUCCCCAAGGGUACGGGGCAGGGGAGCCUUGUGCUGUGGGCCAUGCUGGCGGUCCAGAGAGCCCUCUGUCCUAUGACCUACAGGAGCAGUACCUGUGAGGAGGUUGGUCCCUCUUCCCGUGCCUUGACCCCUAGGGGGAUGCCGUUAAUCAUCUCUUCAUCCCUCCGAGUGAAAUAGUCAUCACCCCCUCCCCUUGACUCUGUUCACGUGUCUUCUCUCAGUCUGCAGAGCUAGUUUCUGGAAGGAAUGUAAUGGAGGGGGGUGGGGUUUUGAAGAAAUGUACUGUCCAAGUUCCUUGUUGACGGAACACUCGACCCUCGUAUAGAGAACGAGUAGGUGAGUGACAGUUAAAGAGCAGAGUCGUUCUCACGGGGGUACCCGAAACCCAGUUCGCUGUUGUUGAAAUUCUUACGUUUGCUGAGGAUGCACAUGACAAGACUUUGACAUGGUGUCCCAACAGUGAGUCAAUUGGUGGUCUUGAGGGUUAACCUGAUUUUUAAGUGAUACUGAUAGACAUAUUUUCCUACAUCUGAGCUGAGACCCUUGCAUGUUUGUAGGAUAUGUAAUAUAAGAGCCCAGAGGAUACGUUUACAUUUAAUAAGAUGUUGUUUUCUAUUUUUGGAUUUCUUAUUAUUUCCCCCCUCUUUGGUAGUGAAGUUAGGGGGAAACAUAAUAUUUGUAUAAAGAGCUGUCACCUCAGAGUGACAUUUACUUUCCAGGGUGACAUUGAACUCACUAUUGGUUUCAUAUGAUGUUUGUGUGCUUUGCCUAGAUUCAAGACCUAAGGAUUUGAGGAAUAUCAAGAUUAUUUUUUCUAUCUGGUUUUCAUGUACAGUUCUUUUACAUGUCACUUAUUUUACUAAAUUUGAAUAAAGUAAGGCCCUGGGCAGAAGAGGAACUGCCUGCCCCUGUUCCAGGCAGAAUUCUGGUUUGUUUCUUCACAAACGAGAACGUCCAUCCAGCGAGCAGCCCGGAGGGACACAGGGCAGGGCAGGUGGAUGGUGAACAGAGGGCUUUGUCUGCCUCCCACCCCCAUCUGCUUAGCAAAACUUUCCUGUUGUAACAUCUCAGAUUUGUCUGUGGCACAGGAAAACCGGGCCCUCGGAAGCUUUUCAGUUGGAAAUCUGAUCGUUGUACCCCCAUGACAGGCAGAGAGAAUUGCUCACUUCUUGUGUCUGAGUUGGGAUCACAUGGUUUAGGAAGACCGUGUUGUUCAUCUUAAAUUCUCCCAAGUUCCUCCUGCUUUCUUGAUGUCUGGCCACCAGCCAGAGCUUGGAUCCAGGGGUUGAAAAGGUGGUGAGAACUGAAGCUGCCGACAGGCACCCACUUAAUGCCAUACCCACGCCACAAGGCUUGCUUGCAGCUGCUCCACCGGCUGCUGAAGCCAGCACUUUGCCUGUCACUGGACAGCCUAGGACCCACCAGAACUUUUAACCCAAGCUCUGCCCCCUUGCAGCUCGGUCAUGCGCUCCACAGCCUGCUCUUCAACAUGGCAGAAGGCACCUCUUGCCAGCUCAGAAACUUGGCCUGAGUGGGUGGCUAGGUCUCCUACACCCUAACGUAUUGGCCUUGGUUGGCUUUGAUGGUUACUGCGUGGGCUGUGCUCAGGUCCCUGGUCGCUGAAGACAAUGCAGUGCAGGCCUUUCAGAGCAGCAGCAGGCAGGAAUGGCCAGGUGCCUCCAAAUGCGGGCUUCGGUCGCCUCCAGGCCUAAGUGGUGAGCAGAGAGCCAGAGAGGUGUAAGCCGGGAAGGCAGGCUGCAUAUUGUCCACACACUUCAUCAGCUCUUCUAGAAACUGGAAGGGUACGGUGACAGCAGGUAAACCAAAUUCCCAUGAGCUGGUCACCUGGUCCUUCUGGCCAGGAUGUGGGCAUCUGCACAGGGUGAGAGUGACAGUAGCACAUUCAUCCUGCAGCACAGUGAUUUCCCACAAAGUGGCAGAUUUGACCAGACUGACUGCUUCUCGUUAAGGACACUCAGACGCCAUAAGAAAUAGCAUUGGGGUGUCGCGGGGAGGGACCAGUUGCUGUGCAGUGUUUUGUUGGCUGUGCUAUCAUUGGGGGUUGGGGGGUGCAGGAGGUACUUUACAUGGAGGGGAAAAGGCACCGAUACCAAACCACCUUUUCUACAAUAUCCGUAACUGUAUGAGGCUCUGUUAUCUGCAGAUGGUGAUUGGUCAAGUCAUUUUCAUAGAACAAUUGUUUUUAUUCACUUUCUGGUAACUUCUGUAGGCCCUGGCUCAAGGACUUAGCAUUGGCGUCUCAUGUGCAUCUUUUUCUUAAAUGUGUUCUGCCAUUUCUGGAAUUGUCCUUGGUUUUUCCUUAGCUCAUAGGUCAUAGGUGCAGAAGUAUUAUCGCGUUUAAGGCAUCCGCAUCUCAAGCAUCGAGCAAGAUGGCUUUGCAUCCGGAAAAACAUUUAACGUAACCCAGUUUGAAGCACCAAGCAUGUAUAAUAACAUGGCUCUAUAAGAUAUAAUAAACGCAUAAUGUUAAGCUUU